CUUAUGCUGUCUAGCAUUCUUCAACAAUUUCGCUCAGUGCUCUACGGGAAUGGACGAUAAUGAGAAGGAGGAUACAAGCUUAUUACGACCAAAAACGUAUUCCAUUAAAAAUUGGAUGGCGAAGGAUAGAAGCAUUAUGCAAAGAGAAAAUUAUAAAAAAAUUCAGAAGAAAGGAUCGUCGCACCGCUAUGAACACGAGCCAAUAGAGCGACACUUUCCCACUGACACAAUAGAAAGGAGAAAUUUUGAUACUUACAAACCAUUGACAAAAAAUUCGCACACUUUAAAUAAGAAAAUGCUUAAUAAAUUGGGAUUCAUUAAAGUGAAGGCACCUAACAGUCAUCAUAGAAAACGACUGGCUGUGGAAUCAAGACGUCACACAUCUCCAGAUGAUUCACAUAUGUUUAUUAUAAAGCUGCCACCGAAUUUCGUAUAUUACACCAAUCCAAAAGCUGAAGCUAAUAGCAUCAGUGACAUCAAAACGAACUCACAAAAGGUCUCCACCUUCCCAUUUAGCUCAAAUGGCAAGCCGGAUCGCAUAUACCACUGGAAUUUGCCAGUUCUACAGAAAAUACUCGGAAGCAAACAAACACUGCCACAUACUGAUGUCAAUGGCAAGAAAUAUAUUAUCAAUUUUAAAAAAUUUGCCAACUUUCAAAAACCAUGGGAAAAUGACAGUAUUGAGAAAUCCUAUAAAUCCAAUUACAAAAAAUCUUUAAAUCAUAAGUCACCUUCAUAUUAUGCGCCAAAUGCGGCAGUCAAUAGAAAUAGUUUUAAUCGAUAUUUUUCAGGCAAUGGCAAACCGAAGGGCUUCUAUGUCAUAAAGGAAAAUCAGAAGAAAAAUAUUCAUUAUAAGAAUAUUGUGCCAUGAAAACGUUCAUAAUUCUACUAUUAAAAUAACUGCAUAUUUAUGUAUACGUACGUACAUAUGUUUUUUUAUUACUUUACGAUAUUUUCUAAUGAAUCUUAAAAAGAAAAUCCUGGUCAACUUCAUAAGAUUUAAAAUAAGAAAGAGACUUACAUUACAUUAUUUACUAUUAAAGCUAAAUUAAGUGGCUUUAAACCUAUGCAAUAAAAAAUAACAACAAUAAUUGUAAUUCUAACUUAACUUUGGCUCACUGCCAAAUGAUCGUACAUAUCGCACAGCUAAAUCUAAAGUGAGCUAACUCAAAAUUCAGAGAGGGAAAUUUAACUGCUUGGGGAUCGUAGAUACAGAUUCAAUGCAAUUAAUACAAAAAAAAAAACAAAAACAAAAAAAUGUUUCCAUUAAUUGGAUGUAAGUCCUAUGAAUUGAUUUAUGCAAAAAAAAAAAAAAUUGCCCAAAAUUUUUUUCGAGUUAAUCGCACUUUAGAUCUAGAUGUGCGAUAUGUAGUUGUUAGGCUUGCACAUUUAUAUUUUAAGUAAAAAUAAAAACCAUUCAUUUAAAAUAUGCAUAGGUAUGUACAUUAGACUGUUCCAGUAAAGUAUUUUUGCAACUAAGUUUAAAAAAAAAUGCCAAACCUCGCAGUCGCAUUCUUACAUUUUGUUACAUAUAGUGCGGCAAUACUUCCUUAACAAAAGUUGAAUCGUUUUUGGUGAUCUAAAAUUUACUGUCAUUAAGGUGGUUCGUUGGCGCGCUGUCACUGAGUGCUGGUGAGUAAGUAAAUACUAGAACGGUGCACUUAAGAUCUGAAAGUAAAUGCCGAAAAUAUGACAAAAAAAAAGUAUGAAAUUUCCUUGCAAACAUACUUUAAAUUCGAAGGUGUAUGGCGAGCUUUUUUUCUGGUACAGUCUAAUGUAUUUGCAAACAUACUUAUGUAUAAAUUUGUAUGUAUACAAAAUCGCUAAAUGAAAAGUUAUUCAGACAAGAUUUCGCAUAAUAACUAGAGCUCGUGUUAAUCGACUAAUCGGUUAAUCAAUUGGCAAACUUUGUUUCAAAAAAUAGUCGACUUCACUUAAUCGACUAACCGUUUCGUUUUGACUUUUCAACUAACCGCUCACAAGCAACUAAUCGACUAACCGUAUAUUUUCGAUUUUUCGACCAGUUGUUUAUUUUAAAAGAUAUUGGUUAAUUUUUAU